CGCCAGGCGGGUUAAAUGGCGGGGGUCGCUCCGGGAAGGAGCCCCUCCCUCCUCGCCCCCAGGGGCCCUUCCUUCGUUCCUUCCUUGUACGGUCUCACGGCUGCGCUGAUGCUGCUUAGCAGUCCUGCUGCACGGGGCUCGUUGGGUGGCGUUGGAUGUCGGGGUGGAAACCAAUGCUGCACGUACGUGGCUUUGGAGGACGGGGCCGCCUGCUUGCGCUUUGCGAGGAGAUGGUCGGGUUCCUUGUGCUGGUGUUUUAAAAACAUGCUUUUCGGCGCACCCUCCAAAUCCGCCUUGGCCACCGCAGCAGGGAGAGGUAUUGAUGCAGAACUUUAUUACGUGAGGAAUGAUCUUAUCAAUCACUACGCUUUGUCCUUCAAUCUGCUAGUACCAAGUGAGACAAACAUCCUCCAUUUUAGCUGGCAUGCUAAGGCCAAGAUUGAAUAUAAACUGGGAUUUCAGAUUGAUAAUUUGCUAGCCAUGGAUAUGCCACAGGCAAAUAUUUCUGUACAAGGAGAAGUGCCUCGCACUUUAUCAGUGUUUCGAGUGGAGCUCUCCUGCACUGGCAGGCUAGACUCUGAGGUUACGGUACUAAUGCAGCUCAAUAUGACAGUAAAUACUUCAAAAAAUAUCACAGUCUUAAACUUCAAACGAAGGAAAAUGUGCUACAAAAAGCUUGAACUAGAAGUAAAACCACCAAUAUCCGACAAAAAUAGCAGCAAAGCUAUUUUUGAUCCUGUAAAUGCAGCUCCUACCACUUCUACACGUGUGUUCUAUAUCAGUGUAGGAGUUUGCUGUGCAGUCAUAUUCCUGGUAGCAAUAAUACUAGCUGUUUUACAUCUUCACAGUAUGAAGAGAAUAGAGUUGGAAGACAGCAGUAGUGAUAGCAGUAGUUCUCAAGGCUUAUCCCAACCUUCAACUCAAACAACACAGUAUCUGCGGGCCGACACACCCAACAAUGCAACACCAAUUACUAGCUCCUCAGGUUAUCCUACUUUACGGAUAGAGAAGAAUGAUCUUAAAAGUGUAACCCUGAUGGAGGCAAAGGCUAAAGUGAAGGACAUAGCAAUCUCCAGAGAGAGGAUAACACUAAAAGAUGUUCUUCAGGAAGGCACAUUUGGGCGAAUCUUCCAUGGAACUCUGAUAGAAGAAAAAGAUCCUAGUAAAGAAAAGCAAGUGUUUGUCAAAACAGUAAAAGAUCAAGCCUCAGAAGUUCAAGUGACAAUGAUGUUGACAGAGAGCUGUAAACUCAGAGGCCUCCAUCACAGAAAUCUGCUCCCUAUCACUCAUGUUUGUACAGAGGAAGGAGAGAAACCUAUGGUACUCUUGCCUUAUAUGAACUGGGGGAACCUCAAAUUGUUUUUGCGGCAAUGCAAACUUGUAGAAGCUAACAAUCCUCAGGCAAUUUCACAACAAGAUCUUGUACAUAUGGCUAUUCAGAUUGCCUGUGGAAUGAGCUACUUGGCCCGAAGGGAGGUCAUUCACAAAGACCUGGCUGCUAGAAACUGUGUGAUUGAUGAUGCACUUCAGGUAAAGAUUACUGACAAUGCCCUGUCCAGAGAUCUUUUCCCCAUGGAUUACCAUUGCCUUGGAGACAAUGAAAAUAGACCAGUACGGUGGAUGGCUCUUGAAAGCUUGGUUAACAAUGAGUUUUCUGGUGCUAGUGAUGUGUGGUCUUUUGGAGUAACCUUGUGGGAACUGAUGACCUUGGGACAAACUCCAUAUGUUGAUAUCGACCCCUUUGAGAUGGCUGCCUAUCUAAAGGAUGGAUACAGAAUAGCUCAGCCAAUCAACUGCCCAGAUGAACUAUUUGCUGUAAUGGCUUGUUGCUGGGCACUAGAUCCUGAGGAGAGACCUAAAUUCCAGCAGUUGGUGCAGUGCCUCACUGAAUUCCAUGCAGCGUUGGGAGCCUAUGUCUGACACCUGGCAUGCACACUCUCUAUUCUACUUGGCAGGGGACAGACAGUGUGUUAACCUAACAGCAAAAUUCAAUUUGCCUCUGUAUGCAACAGAACCUCUGUCCAAAACACACAGCAGUGAGUCCCGCUGAUCUCAGUGGAGUUUCCACAUAAUGUGGUUAGAACCAGGAAGCCAGAGUGUGAAGUGGCAGUACAAGAACAACUUUCCCCAGAAUCACUGUGCCUUAAAAUGUUCCUGGCGUUUUUGUAAGACUAGCUCUUAUUCUACAUAUCAUUCAUGUGGACAUAAGAUAUUUUAAUUUCCUAACAGAAUUCCUGAAAAGUUGGAAUAAUGGAGUUGGACAUGAAUUGGCACUGUUAAAGAAGAUGGAAACUUAAUUCCAAGGUGUUUGAACUGACAAGUGUGGAUGUACUUAAGUAAAAAUAUGGUGGCAGAAAUCAUCCCUCUUUCUCUGCCCUCCCCUCCCAAGACUUAUGUGUGUUGCAGCAUCAAAAUAUUUAAAAUGACUUGACUGGUUUUGGUAGUGUUCAGGUUUGUAGUGUGUCUGGAAUUACACCCCUCCCCCCCUGCCCUUUUUAAAGUACCAAUUGCUCUUUACUUCUUUCUUCUUUUAAUUUUUACAACGACAGCACAACACGGUUGGAAUCACAAGUGGCCUUUUUAUUAUGUUUUAACUUCAUUCUUCAAAAUCUCUUUGGGAAAAGGGGGGGGGGGGACUUGCCUCCAGUGUGCAUUAAGGCAACAACAAGCAAUUAUGUAGAACUGUUUCCAAUUUACCUUAUAUACAGUGGUAAUAAGAGUAAAAUGGAGCCUUGGAUUAAAAGAUUAAAUGAAGACAGGAUGUUCCAAGUGCUAGAGGCCUUCAGAGAAGUGCCAGUGCAACUUUCAUAUUAGGAGCCUUUCACAUCAGACCGUAGAAUACAGUUUUUCUUGUUAAAAAGGUACUGGUUUAUGUGUUUAGGAUUUUUUAUGACCUGAAAAGGAAUAAAAUGUAUAAAUUUAUAUUUGUAAAGACAUAUUUGAAGAGUAAAAACAAUGAUCUGUAUAUGAUGAGUUAAUGUAAGAAACUUCAUCCCUGAUAUUGACUACUGUCAGGUUUAGAUAAUGGAUCCUUCAUAAUACAUUAAUUGGCACUUGAAUUCUGGAGAUGACUGUGAAGCCUCCCUGGCAGCUCUUGCACAUUGACGCUUUCACCAGCAAUGACUAAUCUUAUAUCUCAGAUCCCAUACUUUGUUUUAUACACCUUCAGAGUUAGGAGGGUAUUUAUGGCUGACUCUAGAAGCUCCAAAUCUUCCUUUGUAAUUACAUUCUGCUCUUUAUUUGAAAGGCUUGUUCCACUCGCAUGGCACAAGUGUAACUGUGACAAGUAUGUUGAAAUUGCAAUGUGUUAUAGCCAAGCCACUGCAAUUCCUAAAAAUGGAAUGCCAACCGAACAGUUAAGUCUGCACUAUCAGAGAAACUCUGAGGUCUGGCAAAAGCAAGCUUCUGUCCAGCUUUGUCUGCUGCUGCUCCUCCCUCAUCCAGAACAGCGCCUUUCCCCUGUAUCUGUCCUUCAAGAUACAUGCCUGGUGUUUGGCCUCCCACAUCAGCCUUAUUCUAAGUAUCUCCAGUGUAACAUCACAACAGCUACAAAUCUGUGAGUGGCAGUUGUGAUUUGAGGAACCUUGGUGGGGAAGAGAGAAAGCCAUGAUGAAGUGAAAAAUAAACAUGUUUGUUUUGGCAUACCACCUUUUGACUCAGAAGAAGGUGCAUCCAUCUUCAGGUGCAUCCAUCAACCUUAAUGGCAGGUUAUUGGGAUUAAGAUAAAAGUGCUAUGUCCACUAUAAAGAAAAGCAGUAUAACUCAAUAUUUGUAUGACCCUAAUGUCAUAGGGCCAUGUACCUGUUACUAGAUCUGGUUUGUGAAAUAAUACAGGUCAAAUGGAUUUGAAUUCACAUACAAUAUUUAGGGACAAGGCCUGGAAAAACCUUUGUACUGAGGGUGAGAGGAGAAGAAAGGAAAUGCUGAACUUUGGCACAGGAAGCAAGAUUCUGGUUUCUUCUAUAUUCUAUUACUCAGUUGUCAAUUAAUGGAGAAAAAAUUUUCAUUGUUCAGGUAUUGCACAACACUUGCUGAAGUAUUUCAGUACCAUUAAUAUAGAAUAAAUUUAAACAUACAGAUCUUCUAGAGAUGCAAUGCAUGGAAACAAAGAUCCAGAGCUGCAUUGUGUGCUUUAAAACCCUUGUAGAACAUCUGAGUGUAAAUUGUGGCUUUCCAGAGUGACGAGUGUUCAUCUAAAGCUGUAGUCAACAUAUUUUUCUGUUGGUUUUUAAUGGGAACAGAGCGAGGCCAAAAUUAAGUACUUCUGAAAAAUUCCACCCUAUGUGGUUAGUUGUAGCUCUAGGGCAGCAGUGCUCCUUUGGAAUGAAUUAUGUACACAUGAAAAUUGCGCAAUCUAUGGUUGGCAGUUCACACAUUGGCAUCCAGUCAACUUUAAUGAGAAAUCCAAUCUGUAAUAGGUAAAUUCUCAUUGUUGAUUUAUGCCUAUGAUUCUAAUACCUGGAGCAAAUUGGCUGGUACACUCUGAACAUGAUGGAGGUGCUUAUUCUAGUUUUAAUAAGACAUCCAAGAAAGGUGCUGAAAGACUAAUGGGAUCCAAGAAAUCUGCUGUCGGGAAUAAGCCAAGGAGAAAUGUUAUUGCUGAGGUCAAGUGAAACUAACUUAGAGUCAAAUAGCCAAAAUAUUUUAGCUGCAUGCUGUGCAAGAAUAUAGGGCAUGUAAUUUGCCCAAGAUACUGGGUGAGGCCACAAAGCUGACUCUUAUCAAUUCCAGCUUAGUACUUGGGAUGUGGCAGUAGAAUGUGUGUGGUGUUCAAGGAAAUGGCCACACUGCCAAAAUGUGAGCCAGUUAACCUAUGGCAGGAGAUACUGAAGUAAUCCUCAUUAACCAAAUCUCACUUAAUCAAGUUUGCUUGUCAAAACUAGAGUUUUAAUUCUUGCUAGAACAACGUUAUUGCUUCAUAUGGAUGGUCAGCUCUUGCUUAGUAUUAAUAUCUGGAAUUUUACCCUAUGAACAGUGCCAUAGAUAUUCUCUUGUCUGUCUCAUGAAAAGCUUUUUCAAUGACCUCCUUUAAUGUGCAAUAAAAGUUUUAACUUUUAAACUUUUAUUGUGCAUUAAAGAAAGUCAUUGAAAAAGCUUUGCAGUGUGGAAAUGCGUAUUUCAUCGCCCUUAUACCAUCUUAUCUCGUGAAAUGCUGAAAACUUGGAAAACGCUUGGAAGAGAUUUAAAACAAGUUUAAAACUGGGGAAACAACAAGAAUGAUUGUCACCUAUUUAAGCUGCUUAGCGUUUAUAGGGAACUUAACAUUUCUUUUCCUAAAAAGUAUAUUUGGUAGCUAAAUUUAUUUUAACAAAGAGGAAUAACUAGAAAUGGCUGGAUACUAAUGCCAGACACAUUCCAAUUAAAGCUUACGCAUUUUGUCAUAAGAAUUACUAGCAAAACCUGUUGGAGUAUUCGUCUCUUGAAGACUUGGCGCCAAGCAUGAAUUCUCCCUCUAGAGAGUUUUUGAGCUAUAUACCACGUAGGCUGCAAUCUUAUGCACACCUACCAGGGAGUAAAUCCUAUUUAACAUAGUGGCACUCACUUCCAAGUAAACGUGCAUAGGAUUGCACUGUACAAGGUUUUGAUUCUUAGGUACAAAAAUGCAUCUAUUGAAUGUUCAGUAAACCACAUUUUUUCUUCAGUCCAUUUGAAAAGUGUUUCCAUUUCCAUUGAUAGUGUUUUUAAUUCCCUAAACAGUAAACUUCUUCAGAUUUAUGUAUAGUUCAAUAAUUCUGUGAUGUCUUGUAGGUUUACUUUAUAUUACACUGAUAAGCAGUUAAAAUUCCCCACAAGUUGAAUUUGUUGAGAAUGUAAGCAAUUUCCACUCUUUCUAAGCCUGGAAUAUUGUACUGCAGCAGACUUUAAUAUUGAAAGUACAAUACACCUUUUUAUACAUAUAUUUUUGCAUUGAAUAAAAGCAGCCUGAACUGUC